CACACACACACACACACACUAAAUGUGGAACUUUUUAAAUUACACCACUGUCUAUCGCCCAACUCCUGCACUUUCGUUGCUGAUGUUAAAAUGUAACUCUGGAGCCGUCAGUCUCAUGAAGCUGCAGACUCCCAGAAUUCCGCAGUACAGGACUCCCAGAAUUCCGCAGUACUGGGCCUCCCAGAAUUCCGCAGUACUGGGCCUCCCAGAAUUCCGCAGUACAGGCCUCCCAGAAUUCCGCAGUACCCGGGCCCCCCCGGAAUUCCGCAGUACCCGGGCCCCCCCGGAAUUUCGCAGGUCCCGGGCCCCCCCCGGAAUUCCGCAGGUCCCGGGCCCCCCCGGAAUUCCGCAGUACCCGGGCUCCCCCGGAAUUCCGCAGUACCCGGGCUCCCCCGGAAUUCCGCAGUACCCGGGCUCCCCCGGAAUUCCGCAGUACGCGGGCUCCCCCGGAAUUCCGCAGUACCCGGGCCCCCCGGAAUUCCGCAGUACUGGGCCGCUCAACUUUUCAGAUUUCCACACUGUGUCCCCUCCCAUCCUUCCAGACCUCUGCAGUACAGUGUCAGGGGUCAGCAGUACGGGUUACACUUCUCCCACAGUUCCCUUGUGUAGCUCUUCAAAUUCGCAGAAUUUUUCAGGUCAUACUUGUUGACUUUCGGUAGCUUUACGGGUCCCUAAAGUUUCACAAUUCACAUUUUUCACUCAUUGAACUCCCAGACUUUGCGUGUAUGGGUAAUGCAUGUAACACUUUGUGGGUCAGUAAAUUCCCAGAAUUAUCCUAACAGGCAUCAAAUUCCUAGAAACCUUAAUGAGUGCGUUUUGUAUAUUUGUGUUUUUUUUGUUGUUGUUGUUUUAUACUUUGCUACCUGAUGCCAGUCAUCAAUGUUGUUUUUGUUCUGUUUGUUUGUUGUUUGAAUUCUGUCCAUGUUUAUGAUUAAGAAUUAUACUGCUUUUAUUUAAAUGAAAAGCUUGUUAUAGAUGCAAAUUUCAGUUACUGUAUCAAAGGAAAAAAAAAAACAAAGCGUUUGUAAUUUUAUCCCAAAUACUGUCGCGUGUUUAAAACCCGUUUAGAUGUCACAAAGUCAUUAUGAUUUAGAUGAAAAUGAUCGCUCUGAUAAACACCCGGACGUGAACAUGAUUACUGUCACAACUGAUUAUGACGCGAGUGCUCUAGAAUUUGUGGGCGGAGCCUGCAUCCCAAACCAAACCCACAGGAAGCGACGGUAUCAAUAUUCUGACCUCACAGUGGGGGAUUUGAUCCAACACUGCAGUGGUUGUAGACACUCAUGGACAGUGUGUGAAAUUGUAAUAUAGUGUAUAUUUAAAAUCCGUUUUUAUCCGAUAACCAUAGCCACGUAUAAUUUCACGACUUUAUUACUGCGUUCACAUUAAAAGGGAGCUUUAUAACACGUU